CAACAGAAGGUGGAGGUGAUUUUGAAUCAGAUGCUCCUUGGACCACACUCUGAGGGGCCCCCUGUUAAAGAGUGAGCCACUGGGUGACUGGGAGACAGUGGAGAUGGGCUGCUGCUUCAGGGCCUCUCUCUGAAUCUCCAGGUGGCAGCCUUGAGGCUUAGAGCUUGAGCUGAUGGAAGGUGACCAGCUUCUGUUUUCAUGAGGUGGACACUGAGCUUGGCCCCCAGCUUCAGAAGGAGCCAGAAAACUGCUUUGGGUGAACUCAUCCAGCCCUCACGGUCCCGAGGAGCUGAGAAAAAAGGCGAGAAGUGAGCUGCAGUCCUGGUGGCCGACCAAGUUCUCCUAUGAUUGCUGUGGUCAGAAUUCUUCAGGAACUCCCUGAUACAAAGAACAAGAUGUAGGAAAAUAAGACCAACUCCUGGGCGUUGGGCCCCUUUUGUGGCCCAGAGAAUCUCACCUUGACCGGAGGGCUUCAUUCACUUGGCCUCAACCAAGUGCUAGACUUGGCCUCCUCUUCUGGUUUUGGGACGUCACCUUCACAGAGGGAAGAAGACUGCAGACCCCCAGGGGUUCCAUCUCUAAGGGAAGCUUGGGAAACGCAGCCCCCUCGCUCCCCUUGUGGAACACUCCCCUCCCACUCCACCCCAACCCCGCCAGCUGAGCCCCAGCGAGCCAGUCCGGAAUGAUCCUGCUAUGGCCAAGCUCUGGCUCAGAUUCCAGCGGUACUUCCGCAGAAAGCCCGUGCGAUUCUUUACCUUCCUGGUGCUCUACCUGACGGCCGGGAGCCUGGUCUUCCUGCACUCGGGCUUUGUGGGCCAGCCUGCUGUCUCCCAGGGCCAGGCCAGCCCCGCCGUGGGGGUGCCGGCCGAGGGCGCCGAGCUGCCCUUCUUGGGUGACCUGCAUCUGGGCAGAGGCUUCCGGGACACGGGUGACGCCUCAAGCAUCGCCCGCAGGUACGGACCCUGGUUCAAGGGCAAGGACGGGAGUGAGAGGGCCAAGCUGGGCGACUACGGUGGAGCCUGGAGCCGAGCCCUCAAGGGGAGGAUCGUCCGGGAGAAGGAGGAGGAGCGAGCCAAGUACAUCGGCUGCUACCUGGAUGACACCCAGAGCCGAGCCCUGCGAGGCGUGUCCUUUUUCGACUACAAAAAGAUGACCAUCUUCCGUUGCCAGGACAACUGUGCGGAACGGGGUUACCUGUACGCCGGGCUGGAGUUCGGUGCCGAGUGCUACUGCGGCCACAAGAUCCAGGCAACAAAUGUGAGCGAGGCCGAGUGUGACAUGGGGUGCAAAGGCGAGCGCGGCAGCGUGUGCGGCGGCGCCAACCGCCUCUCCGUCUACCGGCUGCAACUGGCCCAGGAGUCUGCUCGCAGGUAUGGAAGUGCGGUGUUCCGAGGCUGCUUCCGCAGGCCCGACAACCUCUCCUUGGCCCUGCCCGUGACAGCUGCCAUGCCGAACAUGUCCGUGGACAAGUGUGUGGACCUCUGCACCGAGAAGGAGUACCCGCUGGCAGCCCUGGCGGGCACCGCCUGCCACUGCGGCUUCCCCACCACUCGAUUCCCCCUCCACGAGCGGGAGGAUGAGCAGCUCUGUGCCCAGAAGUGCAGCGCAGAGGAGUUUGAGAGCUGCGGGACUCCCCAUUACUUCAUCGUGUACCAGACCCAGGUCCAAGACAACCGCUGCAUGGACAGACGGUUCCUCCCAGCCAAGUCCAAGCAGCUCAUCGCGCUGGCCAGCUUCCCAGGCGCAGGCAACACGUGGGCUCGCCAUCUCAUCGAGCUGGCCACGGGCUUCUAUACUGGCAGCUACUACUUUGACGGUUCUCUCUACAACAAAGGCUUCAAAGGCGAGCGGGACCACUGGCGCAGCGGCAGGACCAUCUGCAUCAAGACGCAUGAGAGCGGCCAGAAGGAGAUUGAGGCCUUCGAUGCAGCCAUCCUGCUCAUCCGUAACCCCUACAAGGCACUCAUGGCAGAGUUCAACCGCAAGUACGGCGGCCACGUGGGCUUUGCGGCGCAUGCCCACUGGAAGGGCAAAGAGUGGCCUGAGUUUGUGAGGAACUACGCCCCGUGGUGGGCCACGCACACGCUGGACUGGCUCAGGUUCGGUAAGAAGGUGCUGGUGGUUCACUUUGAGGACCUGAAGCAGGACCUGUUCGUGCAGCUGGGCCGCAUGGUCAGCCUGCUGGGUGUGGCCGUCAGGGAGGACCGGCUGCUGUGUGUGGAGAGCCAGAAGGACGGCAACUUCAAGCGCUCGGGCCUCCGCAAGCUCGAGUACGACCCCUACACGGCCGACAUGCAGAAGGUCAUCUCUGCCUACAUCAAGGUGGUGGACGCGGCCCUCAAGGGGAGGAACCUGACCGGCGUCCCUGAUGACUACUACCCCAGAUGAUGCGUUGGGGAGGGGGGAGAAGUGGGGAGGGGCCGGGGACCCCCGCCCCUCUGUCCUCUCCACUUUGAGGACAGUCCCCCAGCUGCUGUGGGCCUUCAGUGAGUUUCCUGCAUGACAGAGGAAGCUCCAGGGAAGAGACUGCCUGCCUGGGCCCUCCCCACCCCACUCACAGCCCCCCUUGGAGAUAGAGGGGGCCGCUGCUUUGGGGUGUUGCAACCACAUGGACCCUUCUCUGUCUCCCAUGUCCCUACCCUGCUGCCCUGUGGGAGGGAGGGCUCAUGGCAUCCCCAAGACCCGGCAGCCCCACUGCUGAGGUCGAGGAUCUUGAUUUGAGAGCUAGGGGGACUGUUGCAGAAGGAAAUGGACCCCGACUGUGUCCCCUCCUGGGCCGAGCGUCCACAGCCUGCCCUUUUCUCCUCCGCCCCUGGGAGGCACUGGCACCAAUGUGGACUCAGGACACUUCUGUCUGAAGAAAGGCUUCUGACGUUCUCAGUGGGGUGUGGAGGCACUGGUGCUCCCAGUGUGCUAACUGGCACCACCGUGGGUCACACUGCUCCUGAGAAACCAUCUGGUUGCCUGACCACCUCGAGGGCCAGAAUUCUGUGCUCUUCUUCCCCCGCUUCAGCCAGGAGGGGACCUUGGCAUCUUUGAUCCCACUUCCAGGGGUUCCUCAGGCGCCAACGGUUAGCUCCAGGAUGGCCAGCCACAUGCCAAAUCCUAAGAUUGACAGCCCCAGUGACCUCUCUCCAUGGUGGGGCCCGAUGCAUUGAUCUUACACUGCCCUCUGACCCCUACCAAUGGGUCCUUUGCUAUCCGGGUGAGAGAGAAGGGGUGCUCCACAUCAGGUUGGACCAGGACCAAAAGAGACCCCCACUACCUUCCUGGACCAUUCCCUUGGUCAUAGUCCAGUGGGGCCAGCUUCCCUUGGGAUGGUUCUUUAAGAGAAUGGUUCUUCCAUUUCCACACAAACCCUGCUCCCUUGGUGGUAAGACCUCAAACCAAAGGAUUCUCAAGGACCUUGGUCGCUAAUCCUGUCUUAGAAAGCACUGAUUGGGGAUCACAUCUUUGCCCACCCCACCCCCCGCCUUGGAUACCAGUGGCUUCGCAUCCGGCCCACACCUGCACCUUUGCCACCAUGUAGAUGCAAAAGCCAUAGGUCACAGAUCUUUGCUAUUCUGUCUGGAGCAGCCCCCCAGUAGGCUUGGGGUGCAGGUAAAUGCUCGUUUCCAAAUACCCAAGAGACUACGGAGAAGGCGAGUGUAAAGAGAUAUAUUUUUUUAAGAGGAAUAUAACUAGUACAUUCUGCCCUUUGGCACCUGGCCACGCAGAGGGAAGGGCUUAGGGCCUGGGCCUGUGGCUCUCUUCCCUGAUCCCCUCAGCUGUGGGAUUUAGGCCACCCCCAGGGCCCAGCCAGGGGCUGCUGAAUGUAUUUUGUACCUUGUCUCUUUCCCCCCAGGCUAAUUUCUAGUCUUUUGAGAGCAGUACAGGGCGUGGCCUCCCCUCCCGCUUCGAGGUCUGUCCCCCGGAGACUCCAGGUCCACCACCUGGGCCAGUUCUGUUGGUGGUCACCUCAGGCCACAGGCCUCUGUCUGAAGAUUCCUCAGGUCAACACCAUCAUUAAAAAGAGACUUUGUUUAUUCUAGCA